AUGUUUUUGAGAAGUGCCAUCGAAAGGAUUCUUUCGGAUCGUGAUAUUAAACGAAAAGAGAAUUUACAAUUGAAAAAAGCAUGCGAGAACGUUCUAGAGGAGUUGAAAGGCGAAAAUUAUGCCAACGAUAACAAUGGCGAAGUUUUGCCGGACAAAGAGCGUAUCGUUGAAGCAGAUCGCUAUUUCUUACCAUUCGAGCUGGCAUGCAAGUCAAGAAGUCCUAAGAUCGUCAUCACUGCCUUAGAUUGCCUUCAAAAACUGAUAGCAUAUGGUCAUCUAACAGGACGUGGAGCGGAUUCUUCGAAUCCUGAUCGGAAACUGAUUGAUCGCAUUGUUGAAGCCAUCUGCUCAUCGUUCGUAGGUCAAGGAACCGACGAAGCCGUACUACUGCAAAUAAUAAAGGCUAUUCUCGCCGUUGUGCUCACUAAUAAUUGUGAAGUACAUGAAGGCUCUCUUCUACUUGCUGUUCGAACAUGUUUUACCAUUUUUCUUGCCACAAAAAGCCCCAUCAAUCAAUCAACGGCCAAAGGAACUCUUACUCAGGUAAGCAAAUGCUUAUGACA